GUCGUUUUAGAACUCUUUCCCGUCGGGGUGCGUGGAGUGAACUCGCGGGUCUGUGAGACCCGAAAAUUGAGAGCUUCUUUGCGCCCCGGCACCUGCACCCGGCGGCUCUGCGGCUGUCACCAUGCCACAAAACGAAUAUAUUGAGUUACACCGGAAGCGCUAUGGCUAUCGUUUGGAUUACCAUGAGAAAAAGAGAAAGAAGGAAGGUCGAGAGGCUCAUGAACGUUCAAAGAAGGCAAAAAAGAUGAUUGGUCUGAAAGCUAAGCUCUACCAUAAACAGCGCCAUGCUGAGAAAAUACAAAUGAAAAAGACUAUCAAGAUGCAUGAAAAGAGAAACACCAAGCAAAAGAAUGAUGAAAAGACUCCACAAGGAGCAGUACCUGCAUAUCUACUGGACAGGGAGGGACAGUCCCGAGCUAAAGUACUUUCCAAUAUGAUUAAACAAAAACGAAAAGAGAAAGCAGGAAAAUGGGAAGUCCCUUUGCCCAAAGUUCGUGCCCAGGGAGAAACAGAAGUAUUAAAAGUUAUUCGAACAGGAAAGAGAAAGAAGAAAGCAUGGAAGAGGAUGGUUACAAAAGUCUGCUUUGUUGGAGAUGGCUUUACUCGAAAACCACCUAAAUAUGAAAGAUUCAUUAGGCCAAUGGGCUUACGUUUCAAGAAGGCCCAUGUAACACAUCCUGAAUUGAAAGCCACCUUUUGCCUGCCAAUACUUGGUGUAAAAAAGAAUCCCUCAUCCCCACUAUAUACAUCUUUGGGUGUUAUUACCAAAGGUACUGUCAUUGAAGUGAACGUGAGUGAGUUGGGCCUUGUGACACAAGGAGGCAAGGUUAUUUGGGGAAAAUAUGCCCAGGUUACCAACAAUCCUGAAAACGAUGGAUGCAUAAAUGCAGUCUUGCUGGUUUGACAGCACUUUCAGACAAGUAACUCUUGACAAUUACUGAAGACUACUCACCAGUUAAGAAGACACCGUUUCUGUGGUGGUUCUCCAAAUACUGCCCAACAGCCUUACAUAUCUGCAGCCUUCAAGAGAACUAUUUAUUCUAUUGUAAGAAACAUUAAAAUAGGCUUAUUUACAAA